UUUCUAUUUACCUCUCUCUUGAAUGCAUUUCGUGUGUUUUGCCGUUCUUCUUUCAUUUCUAUUCAAAACAAGCUGUUCCAAACACAUUCGACGUACUCUGGCUGCUGUCGUCGUGUGUUGUCGCGCGUAAACAAAAACAAAGUGCGGACUCUGGUGGGGCGGUAGUUAACUGAAAACAAAAAGUGAAAAUAUUUUAUUUAGUGAUACUUUUUUAUUCACAUUUUUUUGAUAUUAAAAUAAAAGCAUUAUUAUGUUUAUAAAGUAAUUAAACAAAAACGCCAACAACAUCCAAUGAAGAAUUAUUCAACCGUAUAUGAAAUCUAAGCACUUGCUAAAUUGUUUUUGGCAUCAACUUCUCGAAUAAUUUUGAUGUGAAUAAAAAAAACAACAACAAAUGGCCCCCACACCAUGUCCCAAUUCACGGAAUAUGUUGAACCCACCUGGCGUGGUCUUGAUAUGCGCAAACUGAAAGUCGAUGAAGCAUACCUAAUACCCAAAAGCUUGUAUAAUACCGUAACCUAUUUAUAUACCCUUUCCGAAGAGUGUUAUACGUGUCCCUACACAAAGGUGAAAGCCUUACCGCAACAUCUGUCGAAUGGCGAAGAGAGAUUCAUUAACGUCACAACUACUCUAAAUGUGGCGCACGGUUUAAAAUUCAAAGUAUUCGAUCACGAUGUGGGACGUUAUGCAUUUGGCAAUGAAACGGCUCUGUGUGAAUUCGAGCAGAGAAAUUUAAAGGAAUUCGGGGUAUACAACCUGACGAUUAAUGUGGAUGGUACCUGUAGCUGGGAAAUCGAUAAAGACGGUGUAAAUGUCAAUUAUUCUCUGUUAUCUGUUUUCGUAUUGGUGGCAUUGAUAUUGACUGUCUUGAAAAUUGGCCUUUGCGCUUGGCGUUCAUAUCGUUACGAAGAUGAAGUUUUGGAUAAUGCCCCCUCGCCCACACCACAGCCGGCACGUAAUCGUAUGCGGAGUUUGGAUGUUUUUCGGGGCAUGGCAAUUGUUUUGAUGAUUUUCGUAAACAGCGGUGGCGGCGAUUAUUGGUGGAUUGAACAUGCUCCAUGGAAUGGUUUACAUUUAGCCGAUGUUGUAUUUCCAUCAUUCCUCUGGAUUAUGGGAGUUUGUAUACCAAUUUCAGUUAAAUCACAACUGUCCAGGGGUACAACAAAAAUGCAAAUAUGCCUUAGGAUAGCAUGGAGAUCCAUCAAGUUAUUCUCCAUUGGCCUGUGUUUAAACUCCAUAAAUGGUCCAAAUUUGGAAAAUCUUCGCAUAAUGGGCGUUCUGCAACGUUUCGGUAUAGCCUAUUUGAUUUGUGGCAUCCUACAUACUCUUUUGACACAAAGGGAUCGCAUUGAGCCUCAGGUAUCCUGGAAACGAGCCUUGUACGAUAUUAUCACCUUUAAAGGGGAACUUUUGUUCGCCUUACUUCUGGUUAUUAUACAUUUGUCGAUUGUUUUUGGACUGAAUGUACCCAAUUGUCCCAAAGGUUACUUGGGUCCUGGGGGCAAACAUUCCAAUGCAGCCUAUCCCUAUUGCAUUGGUGGCGCUACAGGCUAUAUUGAUCUUGAGAUUUUGGGCAAUUCUCACAUAUAUCAACAUCCCACUGCCAAAUACAUUUACGAUUCGAAGCCUUUCGAUCCGGAGGGUGUUUUCGGUUGCUUGCUAACCAUUGUCCAGGUACUAUUCGGCGUUCUAACUGGUGUCAUUAUUUUACUGCACACCGAUUGGAAGGCUCGCAUUACACGCUGGUUGCUUUGGUCUAUGUUUUUGACAAUUCUAACCUCAAUUUUAAGUGAAUUCUCCAAGGAAUCUGGAAUAAUACCAAUCAAUAAGAAUUUAUGGUCUCUCUCGUUUGUUUGCGUGACCACCGCCCUAGCCUUUACGCUGUUGAGUUUGCUGUACUAUAUCAUAGAUGUACGCCACUGGUGGACGGGCUAUCCCUUUGAAGCAUGUGGCAUGAAUGCCAUUAUCAUGUAUGUCGGCCACACGGUCAUGCACAAAAUGUUACCAUGGCAUUGGCGCAUCGGCGCUAUGAAUACUCAUUUUUGUUACUUUUGGAAGCCGUUUGGAAUACUCUGUUAUGGAUUGGUAUUGCCUUGUAUUUAGAUCAUAAGGAAUUCUAUUAUAGUUUGUAAAUAAUUAAACUUUUUAUAUGUGUAUUCGUGUAUGUAUGUUAUGUUAAGAAAUGCAAUAUUUUUUUUUAAAUGUAUAAGCAAUAAAUUUUUAUC